GUGUAAAAUUGAAAAAUAUACAAAGGCGGAAAUGGACAGAAAAGAAGAUAUAUUUAAUGGUAAUGUAAUUGAUGAAGAAAUAAGCGAAGUGAUGGAAAAUGAAGCAAGAUCAGGGGAAGUGGUAAUCAAUGGUAUUGGUGAUGAUGAUGAAACCACAGAAAUCAGUAGUGAUAUCAAUGUGCCUAGAAAUUCUCAUAAUGAUGUACCUAGUAACGAUAUUGGUGAAGCACCUGAGAAGGUAGAAGCAGCCAAAAAUGGAAAGGAAGAGGGUGCCAAAUUCACAGACAGCCCAAAAGUGAAGGAGGCAAAACUGAGCAGGAACAAUUCAUCUCCUCUGAACAUCAAAGGGAAAGAGUGCACUGCAACCCAGAAAGUGCAGGAAGCAACUCAGAAAGCCUCCGAGGUCAAAGGGAGUGAUGCAAAGGCCUCGGAAGGCGGGGAAGUGCGGCGGUCAUGUGCUGAAGUAGUCCAGGGAAGGAACCUGUCAUCCAAACCAGGCCCAACAGUAAACAUGAACAAGGCAUCACAAGUGCGCCAGGCCUACAAUCAGAAUAAAACGCCCCAGAAGCAGCCACGAGCUGUAAGUGCGAACAGCCGCCAGUCUUGCCUCUCAAGGUCAACUGAUAUGAAGGCUGCAGUGACAAAACAGCAGGGUCCUGGAGGGAAGCUAACCUUCCGGAGAGUAAGUGAGGGAAAGCCCAUAUCUAGCCCUCCUUUGGCUAGGAGAUUGGGAGCCGAGGCAGGUCGCAAUGCAGCCAGUGGGGGGAGGCCAACCUCUGCUACUAAUACAUUUUACCGCUCACAUUCUUCUUUAGGAACGACGGGGCGAGGUCUUGUACGAGCCCACAGCAGCCUUACAGACACACGUACGGGCAAACCUCAUGGAGGAAACUCCCAUAUUAAUAAUCGUUUAGGGAAUCAGGAGCGAGCAGCAUCAAAUUCCUCUUUGUCGAGCAGCACAUCUUCGAGUGGGCAGUCGUGGGCAGAUAAAGUGCGAGGUGCUCCCUUGUCCUUGCAGUCAUCGCAGCUUUCUCUCCAAGGUUGGUAUGUCUUUGAAUUCUGCUUCCCUAAUCUGCCGUCUAAAAGCCCCACCAUAAAAAAUGGUUCUGUUCCCAGAUUGGACGGCAAGGCUGGGAUGGUAGUGCGGGCUCGCGAGGAGGGGUGGAGCCACGGGGGCAGCACCAUCUCCCUCAGCAGCAGCAGCCACCACCCCAAUGGUGCUAGUUUGUCCCGAGACAAACGUAGUGGUAGCUUGAAAAAUGAUGGUCACCACGGAAGCGGGAUAAAGAACCGGUUCCACAUGCCCAGCUCCGCCAUGUCAAUGCCUUCCCUAGCCGUGAGCGAGAGCAAGGAGGAGAAGGACUCGCAGGAAUCCAAAGGGGAAACGGCGCCAGCGAAGAACGCCGCCGCAAGUGCCUCCUGCCAGAAGGAUCAAAGGAGUUCUGCGGGGAAGAAGUCAAAGAGCCAGGGCAGUUUGGUUCCUGCCGAGGGCCAAGACGCGGCGAAGUCUCCGGACAAGAGAAAGGGCUCGGCACUCGAGCAGAGUUCCUCCCGGAAGUCCUUGGGCAGAAGGAACAGGGGGAGCACAAAGAGCGCCGAGGAGCUCACCAAGAAAAACGGGAGUCAGAGGGGGGAAGGGAAAAGGGGAGGGGAAAAGAUCGCGAGCCCUGAGUGCGGACCCCCAGGAGACAAGAAGCCCGCGAGAGGACGGGGCAGAGGGGAAAACGAUGGGGAAAGUCCCCCGACGGAGUGCGAGAUGAAUUUUCCAAAACGGAAAUCUCGACGGGGGGGAAGACCCCCGCGGGGGUUUUGA